CCUGGCCGCGAUGGGAUCCGCCGCGGCCCCGGAGCGGGCGCUGGGCUACGUCCGCGAGUUCACGCGCCACUCCUCCGACGUGCUCGGCAACCUCAACGAGCUGCGCCUGCGCGGGAUCCUCACCGACGUCACGCUGCUGGUUGGCGGGCAACCCCUUCGAGCACACAAGGCGGUGCUCAUCGCCUGCAGCGGCUUCUUCUACUCCAUCUUCCGAGGCCGUGCAGGAGUCGGGGUGGAUGUGCUCUCCCUGCCCGGGGGCCCCGAAGCCGGAGGCUUCGCUCCUCUUCUGGACUUUAUGUACACGUCGCGCCUGCGCCUCUCUCCGGCCACCGCACCAGCCGUUCUCGCGGCUGCCACCUAUUUGCAGAUGGAUCAUGUGGUCCAGGCGUGCCACCGCUUCAUUCAGGCCAGCUAUGAACCUCUGGGCAUCUCCCUGCGGCCCCUGGAGGCAGAGCCCCCCACGCCCCCAACGGCCCGUCCACCAGGCAGUCCCAGGUGCUCCGAAGGGCACCCAGACCCACCUACUGAGUCUCGCAGCUGCAGUCAAGGCCUCCCCAGUCCAGGCAGCCCCGACCCCAAGGCCUGCAACUGGAAAAAAUACAAGUUCAUCGUGCUAAACUCUCAGGCCUCCCAAGCAGGGAGCCUGGUUGGGGAGAGGAGUUCUGGUCAACUUUGCCCCCAAGCUGGGCUCCCCAGUGGAGAUGAGGCUUCCAGCAGCAGCAGUGGCAGCGAAGAAGGACCCAUUCCUGGUCCCCAGAGCAGGCUCUCUCCAACUGCUGUACAGUUCAAAUGUGGGGCUCCAGUCAAUACCCCCCAUCUCACACCCCGGGCCCAAGAAGCCACUGCAUCAUCUCCCUCCGGGCGGGCUCGUCCACCACCAGGAACCAGUGACUUCAUGAAGUGCUCCGGAGCCACCUGCUUCCUGCUGCUCUGA